AUGUUCAAAUUCGCUGUUGUUAUCUUUGCCGUUAUUGCCUGUGCUGCUGCCAAGCCUGGUUUGGUUACACCAUUGGCCUACACCGCCCCAGCUGCUGUUGUUGCUGCCGCUCCAGCUCCUGUCGUCACUGCCACCAGUAGCCAAUUUGUUGCCCGUAACCAUAAUGGUAUUGUGUCCGCACCAAUUGUUGCCCCCGUAGCUGCACCUGUAGUAGCCAAAACUGUUGCUGCCCCUAUCGUUGCCAAGACUUUUGCUGCUCCCGUUGCUGCUGCCUACACCGCUCCUUUAGCUGUUCCAGUUGUUGCUAAAACGAUUGCUGCCCCUGUAGCUGCCGCCUAUGCUGCUCCGUUGACAUAUACUGCGCCCUUGACUUAUGCCGCAGCCCCUGCUCCAGUUUUGUUGUAA